ACUUUCUCACCGCAAUACCAAAUAAUCAAAAGAAGACCGUUCUCUCUUUUCAUCUCUGUCUCUGUCUCUCUCUCUCUCUUUCUCUCCUUGAGGCUUUUUUUCUUUCAAAUAUGGCGGAAUCUAAGAGCAAGUUUGAAUCCAUAAGGGAAUGGGUUGUCGAUCACAAGCUCAGAACUGUUGGGUGUUUGUGGCUUAGCGGUAUUACGGGUUCCAUUGCGUACAAUUGGUCUCAACCUGGCAUGAAAACCAGCGUUAAGAUUAUUCACGCUAGGUUGCAUGCACAAGCCCUUACAUUGGCUGCAUUAGUUGGUGCUGCAGUGGUUGAAUACUAUGAUCACAGAAACAAACCCAAAGCUGAUCAAUAUGCAAAGUUCAUUCCAGUUGAUAGCUACUCUCACAAGGAGUAGAUGACUCUCUAUAUGACUCAGAUAAAUGUUUCUUAGGUCUAUAACCUACUCCGGGUUAAUAAAAGUUUUUGUUUGAAGAGGCAUUAUUUUUGCCCCUUCUCAUCGCAUUCUUUUCAACUGUUUUGGGUUAUUUACAUAUCACAUACCUGUGGGGGCUUGUAAGUGGAUUGAGAUAAAAGCUUGUACCUGAAUUUACAGAAAAGAGAGUAUUUUUUUCAUCA